AUGUACGUGAAAUGGGUUGAAACAGCAAUGUUUUUACUAUGUAAAAUUUGUUUGGAAAAAAAAUGAAAUUUUUUUGUUAAAUUUCCAAAUUUCCUGCUGUCGCCGGCGCCCGUACGUCCUGACGUCACAGGGACCGGAACACAGAAGCCGGAUGCCGACAUUGGCCGGAGGAGAUGGCCGCGGAUGCUGCAGGGGACACAUCGCGGGGAGCGCAGGACAAGGUAAGCUCUGCAGGGACUCCCUAUGCAGCGCCGCAUGGUAAGCCCGAGUGUAGCUCGGGGUUACCACUUUUGGUACUGACAUUUUACCCCGAGCUACACUCGGGAAUACCGCUAGGGAGGUUAAAGGAUGUUUUAAAAAAA